AUGAGGCUCACGACGUGGAAUGUCAACGGCAUUCGCAAUCCAUUUUCAUACCCUCCCUGGAAUACCUCCCGCAGCUUCCAGGCCAUGUUCGACACCCUUGAGAGCGACAUUGUGGUUAUGCAAGAGUUGAAGAUACAGAGAAAGGACUUGAGGGACGAUAUGGUGCUUGUGAACGGUUGGGACUGCUACUUUAGUUUGCCAAAGCACAAGAAAGGCUACUCCGGCGUCGGUAUUUACACACGCAAUGCAGUCUGCGCUCCAACGCGGGCAGAAGAGGGCAUCUUAGGAGUGCUGCCUUCUUCAUCUGGCACAGCAUAUCGAGACCUCCCAGACAACGAGAGCAUUGGAGGCUACCCCAGUGAACUUCAAAUCGCAGAGCUCGAGAUUGAUCCUGCUGUUCUGGAUGCCGAAGGAAGGUGUGUUGUCGUUGAGUUCCCAGCUUUCGUGCUCUUCGGCGUUUACUCUCCAGCCAACAGCAACGGACAACGUGAUGACUUUCGAUAUGGCUUCGUCUCCGCUUUGGACUGCCGGAUCCGCAAUCUUGUGCGUGAUGGCAAGCGGGUCGUUCUUGUGGGCGAUCUUAAUGUUUCACGACAUGAAAUUGACUCCGCUCCGACACUUGAGGACAUGCGGAAAGGCAACACAAGCCACGAAGACUUCAUCUCAUCACCCAACCGCCGUGUGUUCAACCAGCUUCUCAUCGAUGGCGAAGUAAUAGGCGGUCGAGACGAAGGGCGGGAGACAGGCGUGCUUUGGGAUACUACUCGGCUUUUCCAUCCUGAUCGAAAAGGCAUGUUUACGUGCUGGGAAACGAAGGUCAACGCUCGACCCGGAAACUAUGGUGCUCGAAUCGACUUUGUCCUUGUUGCCGAAACGAUGCGAUCCUGGGUGCAAGGUGCCGACAUUCAAGAAGGUCUGCUUGGGUCUGACCAUUGUCCUGUGUACGCCGAUUUCAAAGAUGUCGUUACCUUGGAAGGGAACGACGUCCCUCUGGUGGACAUUAUGAACCCUCCGGGUGUUUUUCAACAUGGAGUGCGGAAGCUUGAGUGGAAACUCCUUUCUGCGCCAUCAUUUUCAGCCAAGCGAAUGCCUGAAUUCGACAAGCGACAAAAUAUCAUGACCAUGUUUGCAGCAUCCUCGCAAAAAGCCCGGGCACCCCAGUCUCAGCCCGUGUCUCAGCCUGGCUCUGCUAAAGAUAUCACCGGCGAUGAAAACUCUACUACCGCUGAUUCGGAAAGCGUCCCGCUGGCUCAUGUUUCGGAAGCGCCCCUGAAAUAUGUGGAUGGUUCUGUGAAGUCAGAGAUGGGUGGAAAUGAGAAGAAGCCAUCAACAAAGCGCAAAGCUUCAACCGCGACAGCCAAAGACUCUCCAGCCAAGCGGGCGAAGAGCAGCAUGCCGUCCUCGUCGAGCGGGCAGCAGAGUCUGAAAGGCUUCUUCCAGGCUAGGGCCUCCCAAGCGAACGGCAAGGCGCAGAAGGCUGAAGAAUCUACCGUGCCUGCUACAACUUCACCCGUAGGUGCCAACCUAGGCAGAGACCAGUCGUCCAAUGGUGUCAUAGUCGCCAAAGAUGCGCUGUCUGACGCUCGAAACCCGACUAACGCUACCGACGAUGCGGAUCCUUCACCGCCGGGAACACCUACCAGCAAGGAUGUCUUUGCCAGUCCCAGGGCAAGUCCAUCGCCUACCAACGUUGCCUUACAGAUUGCAUCUGCUGAAGAAUCGCAACGCUCCUGGGGUGCACUAUUUGCCAAGCCCGCCGCGCCGAUGUGCGAAGGUCACGAGGAACCUUGCAAGACCAUGCAGACGAAGAAGAAGGGCCCGAACCAGGGCCGGAGCUUCUGGAUGUGCAAUCGACCGCUCGGUCCGAGUGGAGAAAAGGAGAAAGGUACCCAGUGGCGUUGUGGGACCUUCAUCUGGUGUUCGGACUGGUCGAGCAGGAAGGAGAGCGGCAAGACUGCGUCGCCUGCCAAAGCUGCCCAGCCUUGA